AUGAAGCUCUGCUGUAGGGCGCAGGGCAGUGUGCCACCGGGUGCGACCCCUGGAGGACAGCCUGGAGCAGCGUUGGAAGUGUAUCAGCGUAAAGAGGUCUGCCACUGGCCCUGCAGAUGCCCCCCUCAGGUGCCCACUUGUCCUCUUGGGGUGAGCUUGCUGAGGGAUGGCUGUGGAUGCUGCAAAAUCUGUGCCAAGCAACCAGGAGACAUCUGUAACGAAGCCGAGAGCUGUGACCCACACAAAGGCCUGUACUGUGACUACUCACGGGACAAGCCUAGGUACGAGACAGGCGUGUGUGCAUAUCUUGUGGCAGUUGGAUGUGAGUUCAACGGAGUCCAUUAUCAGAAUGGCCAAGUAUUUCAGCCCCACCCGCUGUUCAGCUGCCUCUGUGUGAGUGGGGCGAUUGGAUGCACGCCCCUCUUCAGACCCAAGCUGGCUGGCAGUAAUUGUUCUUCAGCUAGAGGAGGAAGGAAGAUCGAUCCACCGGACUGUGGCCAGGGAUCUCCGCAGCAGGGGCGUUCAGCAAGCUACAGAACAAUGCCAGCUUACAGGAAUCCUCCACUUACUUGGAAGAAAAAAUGUCUCGUGCAAGCAACAAGGUGGACUCCCUGCUCCAGGACGUGCGGGAUGGGGAUUUCUAACCGGGUGACCAAUGACAACAGCAACUGUGAAAUGAGGAAGGAGAAGAGGCUGUGCUACAUUCAGCCCUGCGGCAGGAAGACAUGGAAGGCAGUGAAGAUCCCCAGAGGAGAAACAUGCCAACCCACUUUCCAACUCCCCAAAGCUGAAAAGUUUGUUUUCUCCGGAUGUUCAAGUGCUCAGACUUACAGGCCCACUUUCUGUGGGAUCUGCCUGGAUAACAGAUGCUGCGUCCCCAACAAGUCUACAAUGAUCACCGUCAGGUUCGACUGCCCCGGCGAGGGGUCGUUUAAGUGGCAGAUGCUGUGGGUCACAUCUUGUGUGUGUCAGAGGGACUGCGGAGAACCAGGAGACAUAUUUUCUGAGCUCAGGAUCCUAUAGAGCCAGACGGCGAGGAAGGGUUAAAGCUCAAUCAGGCCACAAUGAAAACACUGAGGUGUCUGCAAAAGGGCACGGCUUACUUAAGGGAUUUAAAACACAGAGUGACUAUUCUUUGUCUGUUAUAUUUGUGACAAUAGACGUUUCUAAAACAUAUGCUAAUAAAACAAAACUGAAUGCUUGAAA